UCAAAAACAUUAAAAAUAGUAAUGUUUCCAAACUUUUGACCUGUACUGUAAGGGGAAGCUAUCCAAUAUUUGUCCUGUCUUCCAUUCAUAUUAAUCAAAUGACAGUUUGAGAAAAUCUCUCACCGCUCUUGACUAAAUCACUUUUGUAACUAGAAUAAGAAGAAAAUAAAUAAAGACAGAAAGGCUGUACAUAGAGUAAUGGGGAAGACCAAACUUGUUCAUACCAAACUUAUCUUUAAAAACAGUGUACUUGAGAGAACUAUAACAUGACAAAGGCGAGUUCAAGUGGACAGCUGAUCAUGAACCAAAAUGGGUGUUUUUGGUGAUGAUGUGGUGACAGAGAUGGAUGGAGACACAGUCACUCUAAACACUGGUAUAAUCAAAAAAGAGCAUGACAAGUUGCUGUGGUAUUUUGAAGACACUCGCAUCGCUCUGAUCAAUGGACAUCCCAACACGAGCUGUUUAUAUGAUGGUGAAGACGGGAGAUUCAGAGACAGACUGAAGGUGGACUAUGAGUCUGGAUCCCUGAUCAUCAUAAACAUCACAACUCAACACACUGGACGUUAUGAAGCAGAGAUCAUCAGAAGUGAGAGUUCGGGGAAAAGACAAAGUUUAAACAGAAACCGCAAGUGUGAUAGCACAAAAAUCAUCAAAAAAAACACCAUCAGUCAUGAUGAUAACAUAAAAACUUUCAAUGUGAUCGUCACUGCUGCUCUGUCUGAUCAAGUCACAACUGAAGAAGAGCCCCGGAUGGAGAAGAGGGAGUCUGACUUGGGUUCAGGUCUGUCUUCAGCUGCUGUAGCAGGAAUUGUUGUUGGUGUUAUUGCUGUUCUGCUGCUGACUGUUGUAGCUGCUGUGAUUCACUAUCGCCGCAGGAGCUCCAGAAAUACAGAAAGGGAGAAAAACAAGUGUGAAGGACUAAUAAUUGAGGAAAGAUACUGCAUUGAAAACUGACAUUAGAUCACACUAAGGUUUUUUUUUUUUUUUUUUAAUCUGAUUCACUGAUAGAUGACAGAUUUGUCUGAAAAAAAAAAAAAGUUUGGGAAUUCCUGCACUACAUGAAAAAAGUGAUUGAAAAAAUGUUGUCCUAACUUUUAUCCAGGGGUGCAUUUCUCAAAAACAACUAUGGUUGCAAGUUCUUUUGUUACCAAUAGAGUUCAAUGGAAUUUACCACCACAGUUAGCUAACAAUACUUUGUUGAGGAAAUGCAGCCCAGAUCAAUAAUUACUGAAGGCCAGUGGAUGCCAUUGUGUGAGUAAUAUGUAAUGUAAUCUGUAAAAAGUAAAAGUAAUCUGAUUAUUAGGAGUUUAAAAUGUAAUAUAAUUAUAAGUACAAUUUUUGGGGAAUUUGGAAAAUUACAUGAAAAAUGAAUCAGAGAAACAUGACAAAUUUUGCAUUACAGGUACAUUUUGUGUCUUUUUUCCGUGAUCUUGUUUUUCUGUUUACAAACUUUUUUCUUUGUCUUUUUUUGCUUCAACUCAAAGUAUGUAAUUCAUAUGUAUGUACUUUGUCUGUAUGCAUGUGCUUUAGAAGACAUUUGUUCUGUAAAAUCUUUAUGGAGAAAAUGAACGAGACAAAUACUUCCAAAAUAAAAAUUAAUCAUGUCACUGUU